CCGCUUCAAACGAUAUACACAUUCCUUUUUUUUUUUAUUCAAAGAUUCAUGACUUCUAAUUAUCGUACUACUACUAGUACAAUAAAAUAACCCCCCUAUCUUCCUUCUCUCUCCUCCAUCCUCCUUACUUAAAAACUCUCCCUCAUUUCUAUACCUUCCAUUGUUCAUUUCUUUCACUUACAAAGUAGCAAGAAUCUUUGAUCCAUAACCGAAAAAAUAAAAUAAAGAGAAAUCUAAUUCAAAUGAAGAUACAGUGUGAUGUGUGUAACAAAAAUGAAGCAUCUGUAUUUUGUACAGCGGACGAGGCUGCUAUUUGUGAUGAUUGUGAUCAUCGUGUUCACCAUGUUAACAAACUUGCUAGCAAACAUCAACGUUUUUCUCUUCUUCAACCUUCUCCUAAACAAGCUCCUAUGUGUGACAUCUGUCAGGAAAGGAGGGCUCUCUUGUUUUGUCAACAAGAUAGAGCUAUUAUGUGUAGAGAGUGUGAUCUUCCAAUACACAAAGCAAAUGAACACACUCAGAAGCACAACAGAUACCUUCUUACUGGUAUAAAACUUUCAGCAAACUCAACUGUCUACACUUCUCCAUCACAAUCACAAUCAGAAAUUUCCUCCGUGAACUCGUCUGUUUCAAAUUUGAAGUCUCAGGACCCCAUUAGUAAGCCUGUUUCUGCUUCUUUGUCCUCCACAAUGACUAACACUAAGGCAGCAGCAGUAGCAGUUGUGGAAUCAGUGAAGGUUGUUAAAGAGAGAGUUGGUGGAUGUAAUAGUGGGCAUUUGGUGAAUGCAGGGGGAAAUGGCUUAACAAGUAGUAUAUCAGAGUAUUUGGAGAUGUUGCCUGGUUGGCAUGUUGAAGAUUUUCUUGAUUGUUCUACUCCUAAUGGUUUCUCAAAGAAUAUUGAUGAUGGAGAUUUGUUGUCAUUUUGGGACACUGAUCUUGAGAGUCAAUUGAGUUCUUUUCCACCACAAAAUGUUGGUAUUUGGGUCCCUCAAGUUCCUCCUCCUCCACAGUCAAAGCAAGAGACUCAGACCCAAUAUUUUCCUCCUUCAAAUUUGAACUUUGGUGGACAAAUUGGUCUAAAAGAAUCAAGAGAAGUUACUAACAUCAAGUCCAGCAGAAAGUGGAUGGAUGACAAUUCAUUUGCUGUCCCACAAAUCAAUCCAUCUUCCACUUCUUUCAAGAGAUCAAGAACUGUUUGGUAGAAAGACACGAACGAUCUUCUCUGUAUCGUUUCAAUUUUAUAUGACGAUUCUAUGCAAAGAAUGAUCACACGCGCAAAUCGAGAAGACUUCAAUAAUCUUUUUUUGCUCUAACUUGUUCAUUACCUUUUUUUUAUCUUGAUUUGUUUGAGCCUCAAAAAAAUGGUGAUGACCCUUUGUCCUUUUUGCACUAGUACAAUUGGCUUUGUUGUAGUUCUUGAAGUAUCUUUGUUGUAUCUCGUACUAGCUAGUGCAAUGAUCUUUUUGUUGUUGUAAAUAUCUUCUUUUUGUGAAUCCUAUGAAUGGAAGCUUAAGAUUAAGUAUUGAA